AUGAUCAUGGACAACUUUCCACCGGAAUUGCAGCAUAUUUUGGCACCCGCCUCCGGCAUUCUUUCGGUCACGCAACUUACUCAGAUGGCUGAUUGGCUUAUGGAGAUGUACGGUUUUUCCAAGCCAGCCAUUGCAGCAUUCUCAACUCCCUCAACUCCUCCUGCGUCUCCCAUUUCACAGUUGGAGAUCGAGCUCAGCAAGCUGGCCAAUGAUAUAGCUUCUCUCCAGAAGCAGACAGUAUCUCCCUCAUCUCGGAGCCAACCGAAGCCGUCCACCACGCAUGUCGAGUCUUCACAUUCAGCCCGUCCAAACGCAGCUGCCAUCUCCUGGUACCGCACCACCUUUUGUGUUAAAGCCCGUCUCUGCAUCUGUCCCUGUUCCUUCACCUCCAAGCACAGUAAACGGGUAAAACCGGACAACCCGAAGGCCAGUGCAGCCAAUCUUCCCGACAGCUCUAACCCUGGUCGCACCUUCAAUGUUUGCGACACUGCGACUCGCCGACGUUUUCUGGUGGACACUGGAGCCCAAAUCAGAUUUGUUCUCCAACUGCAGCUGAUCGUCGUUUCCCUAGCCCUGGUCUUCACCUCCAAGCUACCAACUGUUCACCCAUUCCCACUUUUGGCAGUCUGCCCCUCACUCUGAACAUUGGCCUUCGUCGGUCAUUCACCUGGAUCUUUGUGAUUGCUGAUGUCCCUCAUGUAAUCCUCGGCUCGGACUUUCUUGCCGAGUUCGAUCUCUUUGUUGACUGUCGACUUGCCCGUCUCCUCGACCGCACAACCGGUCUGUUUGUUCAUGGAUUAACUCCCUUUACUGCCCCCACCAACUUAUCUGUCUUGGAUACGGAUAUUGCUAGCCUUUUUCGGCAACCGCUUCUUUGUCACCCCAACAUAAUUAACCCCCAGUUUCGCAGUGAUGAGGUUCAACAUGAUGUUGUGCACCAUAUCUGCACCUCAGGUCCUCCCGUGUUUGCUCGGCCGAGACGACUAGCACCGGAGCGUUUUCAAGCCACGAAGGCGGAGUUUGAACACAUGCUGCAACUGGGGAUAAUUCGACCGUCCGAGAGUCCUUGGGCGUCCGCUGCAAAUGGUGUCCAAGGCGACAUCAGGCGACUGGCGACCCUGUGGCGAUUAUCGAGCCCUUAACAGUGCUACCAUUCCUGAUCAGUACCCCGUGCCUCAUCUUGAGGACUUUGCUGGAGCCCUUUUCGGCAAAGCGGUUUACUCAAAGAUUGAUCUGGUGCGUGUUUUUCAUCAGAUUCCAGUCGCCCCUGAGGACAUUCCUAAAACCGCCGUCACCAUACCCUUCGGUCUCUUCAAGUUCCUCCGCAUGACGUUCGGUCUUCGUAAUGACGCCCAAACGUUCCAGAGGUUCAUUGACCAUGUCUUACGUGGCAUACCCUUUGUGUACGCUUACACUGGUGACCUCUUGGUUGCCAGCCCGAAUGAGGAAGAACACAAAGAGCACCUUGCCUUGGUGUUUGACCGCCUUGACAAGUUUGGCGUUGUCAUCAACCCCUCCAAGUGCGUGCUGGGUGUGCCGUCGCUCGAAUACCUCGGCCAUUAG